UCCAGAUGUAGACAAUAUUGAUGAAGUUCCCUCAAGCAGCAAGAUUGCAGAGAAAUUUUCUAAGAAGUUAUUGGAAAAGAUACAGGAGACCGUAGAUGAAAUGUGUUCCGAAGUUAUAAAAGAAAAAAGUGAUGCGAAAUCUGUAGAAUCAAUGAACCAAAAACUGAAACAGGCGAGGUGGAACUACUUUGCCGAGUUGAAUGAGCUGAAACAUAACUUCCAGCUUACAAUGUUUGAGAUGAAGUCAGGCUGGGAUUCAGAGAAAGAUCAGAUUGUUAAAGCUCUAACUACAAAACUUCAGACAGAGAAAGAACUUGCCAUUAAGGAAGCAAAGAAAAAACAAUGGUGUGCUCAAUGUGGAAAAGAGGCUAUAUUUUACUGCUGUUGGAAUACUAGUUACUGUGAUUACCCGUGCCAACAAAACCACUGGCCUCAACACAUGCAUACGUGUCUACAAACAAAUAAAGAUAAAACAUCAGCUGUGAACACAACUAGUUCAGUAAAUGCAGGUCAAAAGGGUCAAGGUUCAAAUGUUACUCCAUCAUCAGUCAGUGCUCCUGUGUCAGCAGCAACAAAUGUAGGGCCUCUUACCUCAGUCAGUGCUGCUAAUCCACCUGCAGUAAGUACUAGUACUUCAGCAAAGUUCUUUUACCCCAUAUUACAAUUAUUUCUUUCUAUUAUUUUUAUUAUGAUAAUGCAUUGAGGGUUAUUGUGACAA